AUGAACAUACCACCAACACCCCCAUUGAUGUGUGGUGAAGUUAAUGUAUCUUUAUCAUUUUUGUUACUUCAUCGUUUAAAAACCUAUAUUGUUAUUUCAAAUAAUUGUAAUAAUAAAGUAUGUCUUGGAGGAUUCAGUUGUCAAAUAUUAAAUAAUGUAGCCACCUGUGUUCCUAAUGAUCAAGUACAACCGCAACCGCAACCGCAACCACAACCACAGCCCCAACACCCAAUAUUUUCAUUUGGUACAAUACCACAAAGAUUGACAUGUGAUAGUCCACCUCUUACGGAUGAUGUUUGCUUUAACUAUGGCUGCCCAUAUCGCUCCCACUGUGAGAAUAUCGAUGGUCUAGCUUCGUGUAUUCCCGAUAUUGCCAAUGGUCAGAGAGUCAUUCCCUACUCAGAGCUAGUCGGUCCAACAGAUCCAGGAUGUGAAUCUCUCAAUUGUGGUAUCGAUGAAGUUUGUCAGAGACCAUUCAUCAAUCUACCACCAAGGUGUCUACACGUCUGUAUCUUCAUUCAAUGUGGAGACAAUACCUCUUGUGUAUCAAUCAACGGAUUUCCAAAGUGCCUUCCCAUUCCUUCACCACCGACUGAUACAAGCAAUAGCAAUGCAUUUGGAGAGGUAGAAUCCAGUAGUUCGGAACCACCAACUCCAACACCAACUCCAACACCAACUCCAACACCAACUCCUACACCAACUCCAACACAAACACCAGAAUCAACUCCCCCUCCACCUGUCGAAUCCUCAGAGAGUAAUGUACCAAUUGGAGAAACCCCUGCUCCCACAACUUACUCACGACCGCCCGCUCCACCUGCACCACCAACUAAUACAAACAAUGGCAAUGCAUUUGGAGAGGUAGAAUCCAGUAGUUCGGAAACACCACCAACUCCACCACCAACUCCAACACCAACUCCAACACCAACUCCACCACCAACUCCAACACCAACCCAAACGCAAAGCUUUAUACCAUGGGAGAAACCAAAGGGCACCAUCUCACCACCCCCUAUCCCCGAUGAAACAUUGCCACCUUUUACGGUUUUUUCACUCAAGAUAAGUGGAGUAGUAUGGAUAGAUGAGCAAAGUACUGGUAUUAUCAAUCCAGCUCAAGGUGUAAAAGGUGUACAAGUUGUGCUUUCACACGACGACAAUGUUGAAUCGAUAACUGCUACUCAAGAACAAGGUAGCUACAAAUUUAUUGUUCACAAAAGAGGCAAUUUUUGUUUGGUGGUUGGUGUUCCAGCAGGCUUCAAAAUCAGCAAGGCUACAGGAGCCAACUCAUUCUCCUCACCAAAAUAUUGUUUUGACAUGUUGAAUGAUGACAUAGUUGCCAACAUGGCUAUUGACCACUCAUUAAAUAUCACCGGAACUGUCUGGAUGGAUGUAAACUCCACUGGAAUAUUCAAUCCUAAAUACCCCGUAAUCGGUCAAGAAAUACAACUGAGGGAUGCUGCUACCUAUGAUGCUUUGAAAACAACUGUUUCCGAUAACAGUGGUCAUUUUAUUUUUUCAGAUUUAGAUGACGGUAGAUACUGCUUGGUUAGAGGUGGAAACUACAGUGAUACAAUCGUGAAUGAAUUCAACCAAUUUUCAAACAAAUCCUAUUGUUUCACACUCGACAGAAACCUGGAGGUAUACAGUGGAAUACGAAACAUCUCUGUUCAAAAUGUGGAGCAUGUAUCUGUAGUUGGUUAUGCAUGGGUCGAUGUUCUUCAUGAUAACGUUAUCAACUAUAAUACACCAGCCAAUAUAACAAUGAAGAUUUCAAAGGGAUCCGAAUUGAUUUCAACAGUAGAAAUCAAAGGUGAUUUCCAAUUAUCGGUGGAAAAAAAUCAGCAAUACUGUUUGUCAGCAAUACUUCCAAAAGGAUACAGGUUCGCUUCAAAUGAUUUCUUUAACCGACAAGGUACUUAUUGUUUUACAACAAAUGUACCUUUUGUCAUAGAUCUUUCAGUAUAUAACACCACAUAUAUAAGAGGUUAUGUUUGGCAAGAUUCAGAUCCACCUACUUUUAAAUUGGACAAGACACGAUUACUUAAUGACAUUACCAUGCAACUUGUAACCGCUAAUGGAUCCAUUGUACAGUUAUCUACAACAAAGAAUGGAAUCUAUAAUUUCAAAAACGUUGAAACUGGCUCCUAUUGUGUCAUCGGUUUCGAUCCAACACGUACCUAUAUUGGUGAAGCUUUAAAUGGAGAUAAUAAUUUCACCAUUGACAGAAAUUGUUUCAUUGUAGCCGAUCCAGGUUUCAAACGACUAAACAUGGCUAUGAUACUACGACCAAUAGUCCAACAAUUGUCAGUUCAACCUCAAACACUCCUUUCCACCUACUCAAUCAAAGGAGGUGUUUGGACCGAUCUCAAUUUGACCGGUAUUUACAAUGCUUCAUCUGGAACAGCUGGUACCACUGUGACUUUGAAUUCAAGUAAUGGAACUGAAGUUAGCCAGAUAGUAACACCAAACAAUGGUCUUUUCGAAUUCGAUAAUCUGGUUCCAGGAAACUAUUGUCUGAAUGUUGCCGAUAAGAAUAAUAAUCUCAUUCCUGCUAAUCCAUCCACUGACAACAAAUUCAUAAAUGGAGUAAGAUGUAUGGAGGUGAAUGGAAAUGUAAAUGGUGUAUGGGCAUCUUUUAUCUAUCCACUUUACAUUGAAGGUUAUAUUUUCAAUGAUAUCGUGGGUGAUGGUUCAUUGUCAGAUGAGACUUUCUCAGAUGUAACGUUGAACCUCACCCUUACCGAUGGUUCACUCAUCAAGUCUGCUCAAUCAAAUAGUAAUGGUGGCUAUCUAUUUAAGGAUCUUAGCCCACGAACCUAUUGUAUUGUUGGACCAUCUUUAUUGAUCAAUAACAAUGUAACAUAUGUACCAGGUCCAAAGGGUACAGAUAAUGUCUUCACCAAUGGAAAGUAUUGUGUAGACUUGAAAGAAUCAUCAUCAACUAUUAACUAUGGAUUAGUAGAAAAGAAAAAGAAAUAA